GUACGUCUGAUUCAUUAUUACAUUUCUGACAUGGAUAUUUUAUAUGAUUAAGAGUCAUGUGGAAGAGACAUCCCUCAGAGGACUUCACUGUGGACAACAUUAGAUAUUUCUCCAGACACAAAGGAGAGGUGAACUGCUGCGCUUUCUCUCCUGACUGUCAGCUUCUGCUCACCUGUUGUGAUGCCGGCAAACUCUACCUGUGGAAAACCAGCACCGCCAAACUUCUGGCCACAGUCAGCGGACACACGGGUCCAGUGAAGUGCUGUGUUUUCUCCAGUGAUGGUGGGCUGUUUGCGAGCGCGUCUCAUGAUUGCAGCGUCAGAAUCUGGUGCAGCUCCAGCAUCAAAUGCAUACACACACUGACAGCUCACAGGCGCAGUGUGGAGACAGUGAGCUUCAGUCCGGAUGGUCAGUGGCUGCUUUCGGGUGGAUGGGACAACAGAGCCCUGAUCUGGAGCAUUCAGAGCGGUGCGCUGCUGGAGGAGCUGAAGGGUCAUAAUGCAGCUGUUCAGAGCAGUGUUUUCUCAUCCGACUCGCAGUCUGUGGCCACGGGCUCCUGGGAUCGAGCCGUGAGAGUUUGGAAGCUGCGGGAUCGUCAAACUGAGGCCGUGGUGUUACUGGGGCACCUGGGAAAUGUGGCCUGUCUCUGUUUUUCUGUCACUGGGAUGCUGGCCUCAGGCUCAUGGGACGGCACUGUGCGUGUUUGGCUGCCGGAACGUCACGCGUGUCUGUUUGUGUUGGGAGGCUGUGAGCGUGUUUGGGUCAGGAGUUUGGCCUUCUCCACUGAUGGACGGGUUUUAGCGUCUACUGCUGAAGGCGACAUGGUGAGGAUCUGGGAUGUGAGCACUGGAGAGUGUCUGAAGAAGCUACAGGGUCAUAAGGACUCAGCAUAUGGUUGUGUUUUCACUCCCAAUGGAGAGCUUCUGACCAGCGGCUCUGAGCAGCUCAAUGAGGAAGAAAACAACUGAGAGAUGGAGAACAAAUCUAGAAAAUUCCACAGUGGAUGAAAACAGCUAGUGUUACGAUGCUUAGACCUUGCUUGGCUCCACACAGCAAGCCAGACCCGUAACAAUAAGUAAUAUUAAAAUAAUUAGAACUCCUCUAAAUUAAUGAGGAUCCAGGAGUGUCAUGACCCGUUCAAAAUGAAAAACAACAACGAAUGACUAAGGAAAUAACGUAAAGUCAAAUUUAUUUGACGUUAAACUUCAGAAAGGAGACAAUUAAAAAAAAAAAACAAUAAAAAAAAAAACCUCAAGUUUAACCCUCUUACCUGCACAUGAAAACAAACAAAUAAAAUAAUUCACUCAGCGUUCAACAAUUUCGUUCAAAAAGUAAAUACAACACGGUUUCUACUUUACAACACAAGCCGGGAGAGAGAAGACUCUCCGCACGGUGUUCCAGUCCGGUUUAAAUGGUCUUCACAAACAAGACGGCGUCCACGUGCUGGCACCUGAUUUACCGCACCAGUGCGGUAAUGAUGAAACCUAUUCGGAGACAGAGGCGGAGAGAAAAGAACCACAAGCAAUGCGCACACACAAUAACAAACAAAAACUCACUACUUAG